GCUAAACACUACUACGAGGCACCACCAACCAAUACCAGCGGCAGUAAAUUUCGAGCUGCUGCCGCUACUGCUCCGGACACCUCACUCCGCCUCCUCCUCCUCCCUCCGCCUCCUCCACUGCCGCUAGGGUUCCCUCUCGGCUGCUCGCGCCCCGCGUCGCCGUCGCCGUCGCCGUGGAGGAGGGCAGUGCCGCUCGCUGCUCGGGAGUCACCCGAAUCGGGCCUCGCGGGAGCCUAUUUCCUCGCCUGCCGCCGCCGUUUCCGAGGUUCUGGAAUUGAGCCUUUGGUUUCGUCUCCGGGAGCUCGCGGCGGGGGUUUUGGGCGUCUCCGGCGUCUAGAUCGAGGCCUGCCAGCUCGCUGCCCGCAAUGCCGCGGAGGUUGGGCGCCGAUUGCUAGGGUUUUGCUCCGGAUUUGCGGAGAGGGAGCCGGGGAUCGUCUGGAAUGCGGCGGGGUACCCGCGGCCCGGUGCUUGGUUUGGCGUUCCCCGAGCGGCGCCUCGCCGAUUUGGUUCCCUGCUAGGCUCGUGAAGGCGAGGAGGAGGGGUUUUGGGGGGAGGAUUUGGUGGUUCGGCCGCAAUGUCCGGGUCCAGCUCGAGGGGGCGGCUGUCGCCGGCGUCCGGCGGCGGAGACUCCGAGCCGAGGUCCGCGGGGAGCAGGACCAGGUCCGUGUCUGCCACCCGGGGCCGGAAGGCGUCGCCGAGGCCCGGGCGGGAUGCCACAGCAGCGGUGGAGGAGAAGAAGCCGGCUGCGGCCCCCACAUUGCUGCCGUCCCUCAGCGUGCCGGCGGGGAUGCGCCGGCAGGAGCUGCUGCUGCGCUCGGGGUUCUCUCUCGACGCGUCGUGCUCAUCGGACGCGUCCACGGACUCGUUCUGUAGCCGGGCGUCCACCGGGCGGAUCGGGAGGCCGGUGUCCGGGCCGAGGAGGAAGAAGGCCGUCCCUCAGACUGACCACAAGCUUGCUGCCAUGCUGGAAAGGGAGGCUGGAUCCGCUUCUCCGGGUUGCGCUUCUGGCCUCAAGAGGAGGUGCGCCUGGGUGACGGCUAAUACUGAUCCAUGUUAUGUUGCAUUCCAUGAUGAAGAGUGGGGAGUUCCAGUUCAUGAUGACAAGAAGUUGUUUGAGUUGCUGGUACUCUCAGGUUCAUUAGCUGAGCUUACAUGGCCAACAAUUUUGAACAAAAGAUCUGUAUUCAGGGAGGUUUUUAUGGAUUUUGACCCAGCACUGGUCUCCAAAUUAAGUGAGAGGAAGAUCAUUGCACCGGGAAGUCCUAGCAGCUCCUUGUUAUCUGAACAGAAACUGCGCGGUGUUAUUGAGAAUGCGCGACAAAUACUGAAGAUCAUAGAGGAGUUUGGGUCAUUUGAUAAGUACUGUUGGAGCUUUGUGAACCACAGACCAAUUUUGAGUACAUUCAGGUAUCCCCGUCAGGUUCCUGUAAAGACAUCUAAAGCAGACGCCAUAAGCAAAGAUUUGGUCAGAAGGGGUUUCCGCAGUGUAGGCCCAACAGUCGUGUACACCUUCAUGCAAGUCACUGGCAUGACAAAUGACCACCUCGUCUCUUGCUACCGGUUUGCUGAAUGCGCCACAACUGCAGCUAGUGCUAAGCUUACCGGAUCAGGCACUGAAGCAAAUUCAGGUGGUGGCGACCAUGCCACAGAACAGAUGAAUGGGACCAACGGGCUUGCCACUGAUGCCGAGCUUUCCAGAACUAUAGAUGAACUCAGCAUCUCGUAGCGGCGGUUAGGAAGGAAGUUCGAGCAAUGUAUAAGUGUGUGUAUUUUGCGUAUCGUAGUUUAGUUUCUCUGCUUGUCAAGACGAUUGAACGACAGCAUGUAAUGAUGUAUAUUCUUUGUGAUACAGAUGCAUUUGUUUCCCAGAAUCUGUAGUGGAGCUGGCUUUUCAGGUUGGCCCGUUGAGCUCA